AAUUUAGUGCUUUUUUGAAAUAACCUAGAAAAUUUUCACUAGGAAGGACCUUCAUCGACUUUUGACAUUUUAGAGGAAGGGCCUGUCAAAUAUAUCGUAAACAAUUUCUACGUUUUUUGCAAUUUUUGCUUCGUCAAUAUGCGGUUGUUUGGUCGGCGAUCCAGUACCGACCAAACAAGAAGACCUAUUACUAAACUUCAAUAUGAAGUACACAACUGGACGAAAAUGUCUGACGAAGAAGUGAUUGCUGUAUUAAAAGAAGAUUAUCAAUGUCUUCCAACAAAAAAAUGGAAGAAAUCAAUUCCAAAGGAAGUGAAGAAUCUCACUCCUCUAACAUCGGGAAAUCAGAAUGUUCUCAUUCCCGUUGUCGCUGGAUUAUCCGGUCUUGCUUUUGGUUACGAUAUGGGAAUCGGAAAACCCUUAACAACAUUCAUGAAACAUGAUUUCACUCUAAAUUGCCAUCAGGAGAAUACAAUUCUCAUUGUGUGGUUUGUCGGCGCACUUUUUGGUGGUUUAUUCGGAGGCUUUUCGAUCGACACGUUCGGCAGAAGAUUCACAAUGAUAUUGUCGCUGAUAUUAUUAGCGUUUGGUUCAAUAUUAUCGUCGUUGGCGAAUCAUUAUAUAUUAUUUUUAGUCGCGAGAAUUGUUUGCGGUUUCUCGGGGACAAUUUCCGCCAUGUCACAUUGCAUUUACAUGGCCGAAGUUUCUGAUAAACGAAAACGAGGUUCGAAUAUAACUUUACAUCAAAUUGGCACUGCUACGGGACUUUUGGUCGCUAUUAUUAUUGCCGCCAGCAAAGGCACUGAAUGUCAAUGGCGAUUUAUAAUUGGUCUCACCUCCGUUCCAGCAUUAAUUGCCUGCAUUAUUAUUAUCAUUUUUCUACACAGAUCGCCAUCGUUUCUUUUAUUGAAGAAAUUAUCGAAUAUGCCGAAGCACGUGAAUCAAUUGUCAGCGUCAAUUACAGCUUGGUGUUAUAUUCUGAAAAUGUUUAUCAUCAUGACAGUGAUGUUGAUAUUGAGGCAGGGUACGGGACGACAUCAAGUACUCGCCUAUGCUCCCAGACUCUUCUCACUUCUUGGAAUGUGUCCCGACGAUGCGGAUGUGGCGGCUUCGAUAGCUCUGGGAAUUAUAAAAGUCUUCAGUACUUCAUUGGCUUUGGCUGUUGUUGAACGCUGUGGACGUCGUACGGCUUUAAUAACAUCGGCAACAAUUUGCAUGACUACAAUUUCCCUAUUGUCAUUAUUGGCCACAAUGGAUAGGAGUGACGAUUCUUUGAAUCUUGUUCGUGAGCCGUGCAAGAAUAUUCCAAAUGUCACUGAAACCAUUAAUCAAAAUGCGAAUAUACCGAUUGGAUUUCCGCCUCCCUAUCCUCUAUUGCCAACGCCUCUUGCGAUUAUUGCUCCGAAUCCGAAACCUUGGACACAAAUAAAAACCACUUGCGAGCCUCAAUCAACAUCGGAAGGCUUAACAGGCGGUCUUCAAAUUCUCGCCGUGAUCACAUUAUUUGUUUAUGAAUCGGCGUACGCUUUGGGAAUUGGGCCAGUUCCGCUUUUAAUUCUUUGUGAAGUGUUUCCUGCAACGAUUAGAGGAAGAUCGAUCGGCUUUUUUGUGAUUGUCCUCUGGAUUUCGCACGUGUUUGUCUCCGAAUCGAUUUUCAAAGUGACCAAAAUGCUGACUCUGGCUGGUGCAUUUUUACUUUACAGUUUUGUCUGUCUAAUAACGAUAUUUUACGUAUUUCUAUUUAUUCCGGAGACAAAGAGAAAAUCACUGAAUCAAAUUGCUCACGAAUUAUAUAGAGUUUCAUUGAAAUCGAGAAUCUGCGAGAAUUUAAGAAGUCUACCGCUUGUCUGUCAUAUCGAGUGGAUUAUGAAAUACGGCGAUAAUUCGAAUAAUGAACAAAGUACGCCCAUCUAAACCAAAAGAAAAAUAAUGCAAAAAUAAAAAAAGAUAUUUGCAAGAAGACAGAAGAAGAAGAAGAAGAAGAAGAAGAAGCAGAAAACGCGGAAAAAUAACGUUAAAAACGUAAAAUAAAAGGAAAAAAAGUAUUAUCGCCAUUACAUUAAAACAAAAAAAAUCAUCUCUCAUCAAAAAUUUACGUGCGAUUACAAGUUUUACACAUUAAUUAGAAUUAUAAACACGUAGAGAUUUUUUACUUUACUCCUAAAACAAGAAAAAGAAGAAGUAACUCUACAUGAUGGACUGAAUAAUUCUUUUCUUCAGUUUUUCACUGAAAAAAUUUUUAUUUCGAUGAAAAAAUUCGAAUUUUUGUCCUUCUUUUAUUGGAAUUCAUGAAAAUUUCCAAAGACUUUUUGAAAUUGAAAUAUUUUUCUAUAGUGCUUUUAAAGAGAAUAUUCUUUCUUUUACUCUUUUCUUUAAUAUUACUUUAAUAUUUUUUAUAACUAUUCGUGAAAAAAGUAUUGACUCUAGUUGUUAAUAAGUUUAUUUUUUUAAAUUUAUUUUUUAUCCCGUUAUAAUAUUUAUAUUUAUAACCAUAUAAAACCUGUG